GCGUUUUCGUAUGAGAUAACGUUUUAUCGCUGGCAGUAUAAUGGCGACAGCUGUAGCAGUUAAACAGAAUAUUGGAAAUUGGUCAAAAAUGUUUCCUAAUGAGCUAGGAGUCGAAAUCCAGUCCCUAGUUUUUAUAAAAAAGCUGUUUGCUGUUGCAGUAUCUUAUGUUUUGUAUUUCAGGGAUAUUUUUCCUGAAUCCGCCUUCCAUGACAAACAACUAGAAGGGAUCGAGCUAAAGAUUUUGAAGGAAAGCUCUAUCUUACCUGCUUCUUCUAAAAUAGUUUAUUGGCUUAAGGGUUGUUUCGAUGCUAUUGACCGUCAUUUUCUUAGAUCGGCGACAAUUGCGCUUUAUUCGGCCGACAAAGAUUUACAUCCCAGCGAAUUUUGUGAAUAUAACAUCAUUGAAUCGUAUUGUUUCAGACUUUCUUAUGGUCAGGAGAAGCUGUCACUUGAUUUGAAAACUGAAAACAAGAAAGAAUCCAGCACUUUAUGCGAGAUCUCAGACUUCUCUGAAACUGAAGCUCGGAAAGCUACUUUGAGUCUACUCAAAAAUAUUCAAACUGCUGGAGAAAGACUAUCUAAAUUACCAUCAGAACUAAUGAUAACGAUGAAGCUGCAGUAUUACGAUGAAGUUACACCCGAGAGUUACGUUCCCCCUGGAUUCAAGCGUGCAGAUAAUAUCAGUUUCAACUUUGAAGAAGAUAACAUUAAUAUUCGGCUCGGUAAUGUGAAAACUGCUCAUCACAGCAUCAAAAUGCAUAUACAGACUAGCCGACGAUUAUUAUCUGGAUCUGUGAAAUCUACUAAAUCAACACAAGAAGAUGAGAGCAUCCAUGAACUUUCGUUAGGUUCACUGAACGCAAGUAAAGUGAAUGAAAACGAUGAUCUCAGUUUAUCAUUUCAACAACAAACACUUGUAUCUGACGAAAAUGAAUCAGAAAGUUACGAAGCUCGCUGCCCAUGUGGUGUAAAUAAGGACGAUGGUGUGAUGAUUUUAUGUGAUGGAUGUGAUAAAUGGCAACAUGCUGUUUGCUUUCGAAUUCUGCAAGAAGGGGACGUUCCUACAUCACAUGUUUGUGAGAUCUGCGCUAAAUUGAAACCUGAACUUCUUCGAACUGGAGGAAUCACAGAUGAAACUAUUCAAAAUUUGAGUGUUGAAGCUAGAAAGGCUACUUGCCUCUUUCGACGUGUAUUAGCACUGUGUCUCAACGAAGAUUCAGUCUCACCCGCUUUCAUAGCUAGAAGUCUUGGAAUAGAGUAUACCGUGGCUCGUGGAUUAUUUAAUCGUUUAAUCAAGGAGCAAGUUAUUAAAGGAGCAGGACCACGAAGAGGUGAAAAGCUUGUUGAGAAAGAAUAUCUAGAAAAUAUUAUGUGUCCACGUUUCUUCUCUCACACUAGUUUGCAUGAUAAAACAUCAAUGGUAUCCACUCAAAUGUUAACCGCUCAAAAACCUACUACAAUUCGACGAACACCCGGGAAACGCGCUCACGAUGCAUCAAAGUCUAUAUCAGAAAAGGAAUACGAUGAGUUAUUCAAUCCCAGCCAAGAUUAUAGAGCAUCACCAACAACUAGUAAAAGAAGAAAAAUGGAUAUGGCAAACACACCCAUAAGCGUAUCCCGUCAAUGAAGAUGUAUUUACUGAUGUCGUUUGUUAUUGAAUUACGUUUAUACUACAAUAAGAUUUUACGGAUAAAAAUACAGAAUUUACAUAAUGUUUUACAAACAAAUAUACGGUUUUUACGU